AUGUCGUUCCGGCCGAUGUUGCAGCAGCGCGCCGUGGCUCCGAUCGCAGCCACCCUCCUAGCAGGAGGUAUCGCCCUAUACCCCAAGCAGACUGCUUUCGCAGAAGAGCCCCGCGAGCGAAAACCCAUCUACGACGACCUCCCAUCUGACCUCCCGGAACCCUCCAAGCCCGCGGCCCCGGCUCCCAAGGCAAUCUCUCUGCUUCCUUCGCAAUCUUCCUCUUCCUCGCCCACUCCGACAGACAUCCUGACUGCCCAGAUCCGGCAGGCUCGACUUUUCCUAUACUCUCACUCCCUGGCCGCUGAGAACGGCUUCAAUGACUUCUUGUCUCGCGCCCUGCACAUCGAGAAUGCAUUCACCAACACCGUCGCAUCGCUCGCUCCUUCUGCUGAGUCUGGCGAACGCCUGACUCCUGGCGGUAUCUACGUUGUCGUGUCCGCUAUGGCCGGCUCCAUCGUGUCACGCAACCGCGGUAUUUUCCUCCGCACUCUGUCCCCGCUUACCUUCGGUACUGUCGCGGCUUUCACCCUGCUCCCUGUGACAAUGCAGAAUGUCACGGAUCUCGCGUGGGAGUAUGAGAAGAAGUUCCCUGUUGUUGCAGAGAAGCACUUGGCUCUCCGGGAGCGGGCGGAGCAUAUCUGGUACACGGGAAUUGCUCACAGCGGGAUGGCCCGCCAGAUGAUGGAGGACAAGAUUGGUGAGACUCGGAAGAAGCUUGAGGAGCUGGUGAGCAAGGGCCAUUAG